AUGUCUUCUACAUCCUCUCCGUGUGCAGCGUGCAAAUUUCUCCGACGGAAGUGCACGCUAGAGUGUGUGUUUGCGCCAUAUUUUCCGCCGGACAACCCCCAGAAAUUUGCUAAUGUUCAUAAAGUUUUCGGGGCGAGUAACGUGGCAAAACUCCUCAAUGAACUCAACGCAAGUCAACGAGAGGAUGCCGUUAAUUCGCUGGCGUACGAGGCCGAAUACCGGCUUCGUGAUCCUAUAUAUGGCUGUGUUGGCCUAAUAUCUAUCCUUCAGCACAAGCUGAGGCAAGUCCAUAAUGAAUUGGCUACUGCAAAGAAAGAAUUGGCUACUUACAUUGGGCCUGCAGCCAUGCUUCCUAUGCUGAAUCAACAAGGUUUCAUGCAGCAGCAGAAUCCAAAUUAUGGGGCCUCGGCUUUUCAGGCGAUGCCGUACAAUAUGCAGCCGAUGAUGGCGAUGCCGUCCAGAGUGUCACACGGGGCGCAGCUGAUUAUUCGGGAACCCCAGCAGCAGAUUCUUGAUGCACAGCAAUUGGCUGCUGCGGGGGAGCAGGAGAUAUUGAGGACUUAUGAACAGCACCGACACCAGCAACAGGAAGACUUAGUGAGGUAUAAUGUUGGGUUCGAUAACGCCGGAGGGCCGGUGACUGCCACCGGAUUUACACAAAUCCCAGAUGAAGAUGCUAUGCCGCCGCCGCAUUUGGCUUUGGGUUCUUAUGACAGCAACCCUCUCCACCACAUCCAGCAGGAGGCACAGGAUCACUCACAUUCUCACCAGCUUCAGCUUCAGCCACAUGAGUAUUUCUUUCAGCAACAGCCGCAAGAGAAUGCUUCUCCUCAUCGUCUACAGCAGCUAAUUCAGCUGCAGCCUGAGGAACCACAGGCAUCGCACUCGCAGCCACAGCAGCAGCAAAAAGCCAAAAACGAAGAGGGCAGGAGCGUUAAUCCUUAA